AUGGAUUACGAAGAUCAAAAGGAAGAAACCCUCGCCACCCCCGGUGUCCUCGAUAAGUACCAAGCUGCAGGCAAGGUCGCCAACUUUGUCUUAGAAAAGGUCAUUGAAAAGGUCGUUCCUGGUGCUAAGGUUGUUGAUAUUUGCGACUUUGGUGACAAGCUCAUCGACUCUGAAUUGGCCAAGCAAUACACCAAGAAGAAACUCGAAAAGGGACCCGCUUUCCCCGUUUGCAUUUCCGUUAACGAAAUUGCUGGUCACUACUCUCCCCUCGUCUCCGACUCUGAAGAUAAGGAAAAGGAAUUCGCCAUCAUCAAGGAAGGUGAUGUCGUCAAGAUUGACUUAGGUGCCCAUAUUGACGGUUUCAUCGCUUUAGCUGCUCACACUGUUGUUGCUAAGGCUGAUAAGGCUGCCCCCGUUGAAGGUAGAAAGGCUGACGUCGUCGUUGCUGCUUACUAAGCCCUCCAAGCUGCUCUCAGAACCGUCAAGCCCGGUUCCAAGAACACUGAAACCACUGAAGUUAUUUCCAAGACCAUCGAAUCUUUCAAGUGCAAUGCUAUUGAAGGUGUCUUGUCCCACGACUUAAACAAGUACUUGAUAGACGGUAACAACGUUAUCUUAAACAAGGAAACUUUCGACCAAAGAGUUGAAGAACACGAAUACGCUGUCCACGAAGUCUUUGCUAUCGAUAUCUUCGUUUCUACUGGUGAAGGUAAGACCAAGGAAACCGAAUUAAGAACCACCGUCUACAAGAGAGCUUUAGAAAGAGCUUACAACUUGAAGACCAAGCACGGUAGAGCUUUCUUCCACACCCUUUGCGAAAAGUUCCCCGCUCUCUGCUUCUCCACCAGAAACUUCGAAGACGAAAUCUCCACUAAGUUGGGUGUUUCUGAAUGCCUUAAGCACGACUUACUCAACGGUUACCCCGUUCUCACUGAAAAGAAGGGUGAAUACGUUGCUCACUUCAAAUACACUGUUGCUAUCAUGCCCAAGUAAACCCUCAUCCUCUCCGGUCUUCCUCUUGAUCUUGCUGGCUUCAAACCCGAAAACACCAUUACUGAUGAAAAAAUUAAGGCUCUCCUCGAUACUCCCAUUCUUAAGAAGGAUAAGAAAUGA